AUGUCUCUGGUACCAUGGGGGAAGCUCCAGAUCGGCACCCUCGCUGCAGUCAUUCAAGACCUUGGGCUCAAGCCCUAUACCACCAGAACUGCCCGCAAGCACGAGCUCGUCAGGCUACUGCAAUCCAUUGAGCUAGAAGGAUUGUCGCCCGUCCUGCUACGCCUCCAAGAGGAGCGCAGUUCCUCCCAGACCUCUGACCACGAGCGGGAGGAGAGCCCCGAGCUCGAGUACCUCGGGGCCCCUCCGUCUGGCUCCUCCGCCCCCGCCCCCGUACGUCCCGUCGUAGAGAUUCCCGUCCACUCCUCCCCCCGCUCUCCUCUACAACACCGCGCGGGCCCAUCGCGCGCACGCACAAGGGCCCGCACAGAACCCAGUCCCUCCCCCUCCCCCUCCCCUAUCCCAGGUCCAUCCGGUAUCGGCCCCCUGAAGUCGCGGAAGAGACAGCGGGGCGCGCACGUCGAACCCCGUGCAAAGGGACAGCGCCGGCCGUCCGUGGACCUGAGCAACGUCCCCCCACCGAGCUACGCGAUACUCUACCAGGAGCGCCAGAACAUCAGCCUGCCGCGGCAGGAGCCCUGGCCGCUCCUGAACCCGUACGAGACGUUCGACGGGGUCGUCAUCCCCGCCAGACAGAAGAAACGAGCGCGGGUCGAGGUGGAGCGGAGGCAGGGGGAUUCGGAGGGAACCCCAGAGUUGGAUGACCGGCCGAUGAUCGUUGGGGUCUGGGACGAGGAAGGGAGCGUGAGCGAGGCUGGCGUUGCUAGGGCAGAGAGGAGCACGGGCGACGGGGCGUCGACGACUGCGAGUGUGACGGGGCGCAUGGAAGCCAUCGUGGUGACGAGCGCGAAGGCGUCGAAGGCCGCAAGCUCUCGUCGGAGGCAGGUGGUGCUUAGCGAUGAUGAGAGGGGCGUGGAGAUGUAGGGUGGUGGAAGGAAGGUGAAAUGGUUGUAUCGCUUGUACUGAUGGGUCGUCCAUAUACCGGUAAGUUCUGCGAGAGCUACUGUGUUUGCGCAAAUUUCACACAGUGCACCCUCACUCUGUUCUGCAUCCACGUUGGAAUUACGGAGAUGGAGUGACAACGGGGACAACGACGUCAUGCCAUUAACCCGCAGGGAUCUAGUGCAUAGGAUGCUCUAACACAACGCAACGAUCUACUGCUGGAGCUGGUCCCGCUCAGCCUUCGCCUUCGCAGCCGCCUCAAGCUCUGCAAACGUCCCGCUCUUCAAGAACAUGCUCCCGAAGAUCCCGCCCUCCUUCUGGCCUUACGAGAAGUUUGUGCUCCCGGGCGAGAGCUGCGUGUCAAGCCGUGCCCUCGGUCUCGGUUUCGGUCUCGGUCUCGGUCGGGGAGGCGGAGGCUGCUGCGGAGGCCUCGCGGGAGGCGCGCUGGGACUCUGAGAGAUCGCUGGAUACUUCGCUUCUGAGAUCUCUCGCGAGAGGUGCACGAGGUCGUACAGAUGCAAUUGCUGCCGAAGGUAGAGAGUGUGGCACAUG